GCCACUGUAACCUCCAGCCACCACUACCACCGCGAGGUGGCGCCUGAGGCAGUGUCUGGGUGCCCCAACUGCAGAUACGGUGAAAAGAAGGAAGUGAUGGGUCAAAAACUCAGUUGCAGAGAACCCCACGAGGCUGCUUUCCUUAGCGCCGUGCAAACUGGAGAUUUGGAGAUGGUGCAGGCAAUGGUGAAGGCAGAACCAAGUGUCCUGGAGAGGACCACCGGAUGUGCAAAGCUCUCAGCUCUGCAUGUUGCCGCCGUGUAUGGCCAGAUCGAGGUUCUUUCAUUUCUUUUAGAUCGAUGUAAAAACCCAGAUAAAUUGAAUCGCCACAGACAGACGCCAUUGAUGUUGGCAGCAAUGCAUGGGAAGAUCUCUUGCGUGCGAAAGCUUAUUGAGAGUGGAGCAUAUGUAUUGAUGUUUGAUUCUCUUCAAGGAAGAACUUGCCUGCAUUAUGCUGCAUAUUAUGGUCAUUUUGAUUGCCUUCAAGCUCUUCUUUCCGCUGCCAGGAGCAGCCCUCUUGCAAAUUCUUGGGGAUUUGCGAGAUUUGUGAACAUAAGAGAUGAAAGUGGAGCAACACCCCUGCAUUUGGCUGCUCGCGAAGGGUGGUCAGAUUGUGUUCACACUCUCUUGGAUAACGGGGCUCUUGUUUGUGCUUCUACUGGUGGAAAUGGCUAUCCAGGGAGUACACCUCUUCAUUUUGCUGCUCGUGGUGGUUCAUUAGAGUGUGUCCGGGAAUUGCUUGCUUGGGGAGCAGAUAGGCUUCAACGAGAUUCAUUUGGGAGAAUGCCUUACAUCAUUGCUUUGAAGAACAAGCAUGAGGCAUGUGCUGCCUUGCUGAACCCUGAAUCUCCUGAACCUCUUGUUUGGCCAAUGCCUUUAAGGUUCAUAAAUGAUCUCAAUCCAGAAGCCAAACAACUGCUUGAGAAUGCCUUGAUGGAGGCAAACAAAGAGAGGGAGAAAGCAAUUCUCAAAGAGAGAGUUCACAACCUUCUACACGCCUCAGAUUCUGAGGACGAAACUAGUGACAAUGCCUCAGAGGCCAUUGGUGUCGAGUUAUGCUGCAUAUGCUUUGACCAGCUAUGCACAAUUGAGAUCAAAGAAUGUGGUCACCGAAUGUGCGCUCACUGCACCCUUGCCCUAUGCUGCCACAAGAAGCCCAACCCUUUAACAGCCCUUCCUGCAGCACCAGUUUGCCCCUUCUGCCGUAGCAAUAUCACUAAACUAGUUGCAACAGAGGUCACCAACAGUAAUUCAGAAGCAGGGGCCAGUCCCUCAAGGCCAAGUUGUGGAAAGUCCACCAACAAUGAAACAGAUGCAGAAAUUAGCCCAUCAAAACCAUUUAAGUCAAGGAAGUCCAAUUUCAGUGAAGGCAGCAGCAGCUUCAAGGGUUUAUCAGCCAUCAGCUCAUCAUUUGGAAAGAUGGGUACCCGCAGCUUAGGAAAAGUCCCUGUUGAAUGCAAUGAAGGGGAUAACAAGCCUUGACCAGCAAGCCGCAGCAUGCAGCCUCCAAUCUUUCCUGUUGUCAGUUGCUGAGCCAGCAGAGGUAACGGUACUCUUAUCACUAUUUCAAUGAAGAAUCCAUAUCGGUAUAUACUUUGAGUUCCAUUUUCUACCAGGGUCAAAGAACCGUUGUAUAUGGCAAUAUUACUAGAGAUUGAAGGAUGAGCCAGGGUACUAUUUUCCAGGGAAAUAUAAUAGAGUCAAAAUUUCACU